GCAGUGUCGUGUGUCAGUCGGUGCGCAAAGGCCGAGGGUCGUGGACGCGUACAACCUUUUUUAACUAAAUGUUACGCGAGUUUUGUAUUUAAAAUAUUAUUGAAAAUUAUAUUAUUGUGAACUGUGAAGUGAAAACAGGCGCCUUUCAAAAGAAGUUUAUUGUUUGAUGGUGGCAUUAACUAUACGUGUGACAAGAUGGCGGCGAGCCGGCAACUGCGGCUGCUGCUGUGGAAGGACUACCUCAUCAGGAAAAGAAAUCCGAUAACACUAGCAGGCGUCGUGUGGGGCACCGUGGUCAUGAUGAGCCUCUACAUUGUCAGGAGCAACGUCGACAAUCAUGAUUAUCCCACGUGUCAGUUCCCUGCCCGCGCGCUGCCCAGUGCUGGUGUCAUGACCUUCCUGCAGUCCUUCAUCUGCAGCGUCAAUAACGAAUGCUCUCCAAUGGACGAAUACGAGGAAAUACCUUCAUAUUCUAAAUCGAAGUUGACACAAAUAAAGCAGCAGUUCGCGCCAUUGUUCUCCAACUCCUCGCUGCUGGGGACAGCGUCGUCUGUGCCGGAUGCGUUGAAGCUACUCGCCACACUGUCAGAGGUUGCUGAUGUGUCCGACUUUGUCUAUAUAACCAAACAUGGUUUGCAUGUUAAAGAACUGUUCCGGAAUCCUGAUAGAGUUAAGCGAUAUUUGCAAAAAGAAAUAGAACUUGACGGACUGCUUGCUAACAGCUUGAUGGAAUCUAACUUAAGCUUCGAGGGCCUCUUACAAGGAGACUUUAAUACGUGUGACGUAGAAUCGAUGACAAAAACAAUAAAAAUGGACAACAAAAACAUGGAGAUGUUUGUGCAAAAGAUUUGUUCACUUUCUUCAUCGAGUAUGCAAAAACUUACAAUGGACUUAUUACUAGAGAUGGAUUUGGGGAAGUAUUUACAAAUGCUAGGCAACAUGUACUAUAAGUUGUCGAAAGACGAGAGGAUGUUGGAUUUGGGCAAGAUGGCGGGCGCGGUGCUGCGCAUGGCCGCGCUGCACAGCUUCCUGCCCGCAGAAGUCACUGAGAUCCUGCUCAAUGAGACUCCUGACUUCACAUACAUACAGCUAGAUGUGAUUUCCAAUGUUCUCGACUACUUCGAACCUAAUUUCGGCGACACACAGUCUUAUAAAACUAUUAGAGACUUCGCAGAUUCUUCGGCAAUGGUCAUAAAAUAUUUAAAUAAAUUCUUAGAAAAGCAGAGAAUGAAAUCUAUUCGAACAAAUGAUAAAACAUCAAAUUAUAGUGAAAAGCAAGAGAAUACAUUAAAGUCAACUGUGAAUGGCGUGUCCAAUAUAUUUUCUAAUGCUAAGGAAGCUUUCGAUGAUUUAGCUGACGACGGUCUUUCCUUUGACAUUUUCAACAUAUUAUCUCGUAUUACGAAUUUUAUUUACAAAUGGUUGCCAGAUAAGACGAAGCACGAUGUAUUAUUCUACUCCACUCUGGUAACGAAACUGAUAGAGGAGGCGGAGAAAGUGAUCUAUAUAAAUGUGCACUUGGAGGAACUAAUGUAUAAUGUCUCCCUGAGACACCCGCAAGGGAUAGAGGCGGUACUGUCGCUGCCAGUACACAUGUUUGAAAAGAGUUUAGAUGCUUUGUCAGACCCAGAAAGAGCUCAGAUUUUAACAUCAAAGUUGGACUCUCCAGGAGACAUAUUCUGUGAUAAACGAAAGUUACAGAAGUUCUUCAAGAUAGACGUAGCACAAGUAGCAGAGUUACAUAACCACCUGUGUACAAACUCGCUAAAGGAAUAUCUCAAAGAUUUGAUACACUCUUUUGGUAUCCUCAGCGUCAGGAGCAGCAUCAAUUCAAUGGCAUCACUUUUUAUUCAAGAAACUUUGGGAAAAAACACGAAUUCGCUACUUUAUAAUUUAGAUCAUGACUUCGAUGUUCUCAGGAAUUUCAGUCGAGCUAUUAACCGUUUAGAUGAGGAGGAACCGAGACAUGUUAAUUGGAAUAAUGUUAUUAAUGUCAACAAAAAUUCUGAUAUCAUGAAUUUAAUUCGUGAUAAACGACACGUGGGGAAUCAUAUCUUAGUAACUGUACAUGGAGCACUGGCCAGAGCUGUAGUCAAACAAAAUCCUGUAUUGGAAUACAAAAUAGCGCCAUUUCUAAUAGACGCAACAUUAAUUGUAGACGCUUUGAACAAAGAUAUAGACAACACGCCACUAGAAGUGGCAGAGAAAGCGAAGGCGUUGUACCCAGCUGUACUCACAACCAUACUGACGUCUGCGUUGGAUCAACAUAAGCUAUUCAAGUUGCUGUCAACAUACAGCCUAGAUUCACUGUGUAGGGGAGCUGCCAACGCUUCCAAGUAUCUAAAAUUUCCACCGAAUGUUAACGAAGAAGACAUCGUAUCAACUCUAUGUAAUAUCAGCGAAGUAUUUGAAAAUGUAUUGAAGCGUGAUUCAAAUCUAGGACAAGCUAUAAAAUUAUUAAUGGCAGGAGGUGAAAAGCAAACUAUCCAAUGGACCAAACUAAUAAAAGGGUUAAGGAAUUUGUACGAGAAAAUAGAUAGUUUCUAUCCAUAUUUAUUUGAAUAUAAGAGCUACGGUAUGAACGAAGAGAUGCGUCGCCAUGUUGCUGACAUGAUAAAAGAGGUCAAGACAUUAUGGUUCAGUCCACGAAACUGGAGUAUAAGCUUAAGUAUAAAAUUGGCUUUCGAAAUCCUUGAUCUUAUGGACCGAGAUAUCUUUGAUAUAACGAGCGAAGUUUGGCUGCAGUUUAAAUACGGUCUGGGUGUAGCAACAGGCCCGAUGCUGCUUGUAGACGAUGUUGUUAAGUUAGUUCAAGCGAUAUUAAAGAACGAAACGAUCCCAUCCCCUUUACCGUCAGACACGGUGGACAGUUUGAGACGAGUCAUUCCUCGCUUCCCGCAGCUGCUGCAUGAAGCAGUCGACCUGGUAGCCAGAGAUGACACUAAGAUAGAACCAAUAAUAGAAAUAAUGAACGCAAACAAAUCUUGGCCGUGUUCCGACAACAGUUUGGGAGAGUUUCUGAAGUUAACUAACUCAUCGAAAGAAGCUCUGAAAGGCAUAGAGAGCCUGCUGUGCAUGUCUCAAAGUACGCAGGAAGAGUGGAAGUUAUAUUUGCAAUCUAAAUAUAUAUUUAGAAAUAAAUCAAAUAUGAGCAGCAAAGACUUUGGGCCGCACAUAUUUCUGCGGUUUUCGGGAGCGUUUGAUUCUUUCGUAGAGGACUUUUAUAUUAUCAAAGACAUUUUGAUGGAUGCAUUAGACGAGCCUGCUGACCAGGCUACAUUGAUGACAGCUUGGCGGCAUGCCGUCGAUGUAUUGAAUAAUACUCAAAGUGUACCAAUUAUAAGGAAUCUGUUCAGCAAGAUGGACGUGGUAUUAAAUUCAAUCCAUGUACAAGUGAAGGCAGGCACUCCUCUUGCCAGCUUGUGGCGCUCGUUGUUAAGCUGCGAGGGAGAUUGCAGCGUCCUCGCGCGCACCACCGUACUUAACAUUCUCAAGUUCCUGUCUCUCUCUAUUAGCAAUGUUGCUGAUGACUUACUAUCUUAUUUUAAAGAAAUCAAUGAACCGGAUGCUAAUUUGCUUCAACUGAUGGGUUUUACAAAGAAAACUAGUUUAUACCUAUUAUAUGAAAGGUUGCCGGACUUCAUUGGUGUACUAAGCAACUCGUUCGUAGAUUUCGGCUUUAUGAAUCAGAUCCGUCGCGCAAUGCAGAGUACUUUCUGGGACUGUGAGGCUGUGGUGAAGAGCCUGGUGCCGGCGCCGGGCGGGCCCAUAGACCAGGUCAUCAUUGCCCGCGUGCAACCUUUCGUCUGUCCUUCCUUCCUCUACUGGAUCUCAUUGCCUCGAGGAGAUAAUGCCAUCGUGGAUGUAGUAGCCAAACCUCAAUAUUAUUUCUUUACAUCGUCUGUAGAUGAUUUGAACAGUACUUUCGAAGUUGCCUAUAAUAAGGCAAUUGAUUUAUCAGCUUUCAUGACCGAAGUCGCGCACAACAAAAGUAUUAUCAAAGAAGACAUUAACAUUGACAAUAUGAGAGUAAAACUAACAAAAUCUGUUGACUUGAUGCUAAAUUAUAAAGUGAAUAAUUCAAAUCCUCAUUAUCAUAUGUUUAGUGAAGCCAAUAAGAAGUUACUUAUAUCUACAGCAUAUCUAGCUAGAAUAGUUACUGUAAUAAAUAAAGUAUUAGAUAGAAUAGAAUAUGUAAGCCUUCAAGUUCCUAAUAUAGGUGUAGACAAACAAAACGCAACACUGAAUGACAUAACAGCAUUUAAAAAGUUAUUCAAAAGAAGACCAACAGAUGGCAUUGCGGUAUUCUUUGAUACGAUUACAAAUAAUUUAUUGAAUAACGAUGAAAAUAAUUUAACAGAAGCUUUUAUAGAAACUUGUAAUCGUGUAAAAAGCAAGGAUAAUACAAAAGAUAUAUUAACUGAAAAUGACAAAGUAAAAGAACAAAUAUGUGCAAUGAAUUACGAUGUAAUAUUUUCAAUGGUCGACGUAGGAAGUGAUUUAAGAAACGCAAGGCUCACCCUAAGUCACCUUAUUAAUGUAAUCCGUAAAGAAGAAAAUGUUAGUGAUAUUUCCCAGUUCCUAAAAAACAGGGAAGAAAUAAUAAAAUCUUUGAAAUCAUCCACCAAGUAUGCAUACGACCUCGGUAUACCAGUGUAUCUGAAGUAUUUGUACAACAACAUGCAGCAUCAAGAUGUUAUUGUCACAUUCUUGUCCGGAGGUGAUUGGUGGAAACAACUUAGAAUACUUUACAAUGGACCGUUUGCUACCACUUUCUUGAAUAAUGUGGAGAAAAUCUUUGACAUCGCUGAUGAUAUUUUGAACAAUUUAGAUAAAAUACGUUGGGUGCGCCUAAUCCGAGAGAUCAAUGUGAACAGCAAGGAAGACUUCUGCAAGUCCAAUGUCACACUGUCCGAGUACAUCCCGGACAGGAGCGGCGCGCUCGCCGCCUUCAAACAACAGUUCUGCUUAGAGGACACUACAGAACUAAUCAAGGAAUUGAUGCCGCUACGCUUUGCUUCACAGAUGUUCGACAGCAAUUUAAAAAUAUCAACCGACGUGAACUAUACAGCUGUAAAUAUAGAUAUAUCCAAAAUGGAAUCAAAUUUAGAUAAAAUACUAAACGGGCCAAGCCCCCCGCAAGCUCCAGGAUGGGUGACCGAAGAUAAAUUAAAGAGAUUUAGAACAUCAGCUAUCGCAUUGCUCUCUACAGAAACGCUCACCAAAGCGUCUUUUGGAAUGUUAGCAAAUAUUGUUGACGCUGGCACGUUGUUGUUAAAUAACAGCCAAUGUACUCUCUGCUCUCAAUUCACGACGUGGUUCAAACAACUCAAUCUGCAGCUGUACAAGAAGCAGGAGUACGACAACUUGCUGUGUCACUUGCAGGAUAUGGACUUGAUCAAUGUUUAUCACACGCUGAAGAACGACUUCCACUGGGAUAUGGCUAUUAAAGAGUUAAUAUCAUCUCGUAACUAUACAAAGUUCGAACUCAACAAGUCUAUGAAUGAAUUUCUGGAGCUUGUGAAGCAGCAUCUUCUAGAAGAUAUAAUGUCGCCCACAACAAAAAUAUCGCAGUGUCUCACACGCAAUGUUACCAAAAAUGCUUUUGGGAAUGCCACCUUAUUUGCGAAAGUUGCAGCACAAACUCUCAAACUAAUACGAGCAGAAUUACCUCAUCUGCAAGAAAUAGAUGGUAUCAAAGAGGUUGUAUACCUAAAAGAGCUGCAGGCAGCAGUAGCACACAGGCUAGACGUGGAGGUUCCACUCAAAAGUUACUUCAUUAAAAGCUUUGAUCUUACAAGGAGUUUAAAAGAAGUCAUCAAGAAAGACUAUCUUGUUGAGGCUGUGGAAAAUAGUAAAGUUAGUGUUGCAGCUGUGAAUGAUCUUGAACCGGAAGAUUUAAUAUUUGAAAACGAGGAGACUUGGCAGGAUCUCUGCGAGAGCUGCGAUUGUAACAAAGUCAUCGAUGUCAUUGUUAAUAAUUUAAACAAAACAUUGAUUGAUGAAGAUCUACCGAUGUUGCAAGAUGAAGAGUUCUGGCGUUUCAAAUUCAUAUCGAACAUUCUGGAACAUUUCGAAGCGUUAAUCGGUCACGUGGCACGACUGCUCGGAGUCGUCAGUCAAGUGGACGUGGCUGGAGUGGCGCAGGGCCGGCUGGUCGCUGUCAUCGACACUGCUAUACAACUACUCACUGACGAUACACUUGGCAGCAUUGUUUAUAGUUUGCAUGGAUUAACAACCGAACUUACACCAUUAAUAAAGGCUUACGACCUACAAAGCAAUCUGCUAGACCUCAGCCGCGGCCUACUGGUGCUCCAACAGAUCAGAAACUCAUUAAUUGAAGAGGAUAUUAAAGUCCCAGUAUCGGAGCUGUUCUCGGAUCCUGAGGAGCUGGAGUUGGAGCUGAGCGCGCUUGGCAUCAACAACACCAACUUCUGGUCUCUGGCCGCGCCGCGCAUACACGCAGGAUAUCUACAGUUCAAACCGAUCCUGGCUUCAAAAGACACAUUCCGCAUCAGGCAGCUGGUGUGUGAGGCGGAGGAUAUGUCUCGAGUGCUGGUGCCCACCAACUUGAACGUGGUGACUCUGGACGACGUGCUUGGAGCGGUCGCCGAGCAGUUCUGCGACCUGGACGAGGAUAUAGCCAAGAAGAUCGUUCCCAUUCUGUUGCGGAACUUGGAUUUUUCGUAUAUUAUUAACAAUAUAAAAGACUGGUUACUGCGCGAGCUGUACGCGGCGGCGCAGGUGCCGGCGCAGCGCGGCGAGCUCGUGCUGGACAGCUUCCCGCAGCUCGCCGCGCUGCUGCCCGCACUCCGAGACAGCUUCGACCGAGUGAGCGGGCUGCUGGCUGACGAACCUGUACUCGAAUACUUCAAGAACGAUUUCACCUUUGAUAGUUUAUUCGGAGGUGGUGACUUCAUGGCGGCCGCGGGCAAGAUGGUGUGCGGCAAGCCGUUCAACACUCAAGUCAAUAGAUUCUUCAAAUCGAUCGUUGAAACCAAAGACUUAUCCAGCGAAGCAGACACUGAGCAAUUGGAAGUCUUACCCACGGAUUUCUGCCGGUCGAUGUACAAGCAGAUUGUGAGCGUCGACGGAGGUAAGAUCGUGUGGAGCUUUGUGAAGCCGCUGGUCAUGGGCAAGAUCCUGUACACGCCCCCCACCGCCAACGUGCAUCACAUCAUACAGAAGGCAAACGAGACUUUCGCACCAAUGGUGCAGAUGAUCGAACUAGUGCAGAGGUUCGCGAACGCGUUCCCCGCGGUUGGGGCGCUGUCCUCGCACCGCGCCGGCCUCGCCGCCUUGCAGCAGCUGCUGGCCGCGCCCGCAGCAGAAGCUAUCAAGACAGAACUAUUUGGAGACGUGCAGAUACCGGAAAUAGAUGUUGAACAGAUUUUCAACAAAUUAGGUGAUAUACAGGACUUGGGCAGCAUCCUGCAGAGAGGAUCCAAUAUCCUGGAGUGCGUGAACCUGAACCGCUUCAGGCCGGUGUCGGACGAGCACCAGCUCAGCCUCGAGGCCGUCAAGCUGAUGAGAGUCAAUGAGUUCUCAGCCGGUCUCGUGUUCUUAAACAAUGAGACGAGUCUAGAGGUGCCACUCAAUGUGGAAUACAAAAUAAGGAUGGACAUAGAGAAUGUACCGACCACAACUCGAAAGAAGAAUUACCUUUGGAUCCCGGGUCCAGAGUCAAACUUCAUAGACAACAUGCGCUACUUCCGCGGCUUCAUCCAGAUACAAGACAUCAUCGACAAGGCCAUCAUAGAUGUGGCUGCCGACGGCCUCGGCAGGGCCAGAGAGGCAGACUGGGCGACAUACACGCAGCAAGAACCUUAUCCCUGCUAUAGGAAAGACUUUUUCCAAACAUCUCUAUACGAGUCGCAGUCUCUUAUUGUGGCGUUCUACUUCUCUCUGCUGUUCACCACUACUUCUGUCGUGCGCUUCAUCGUGUCUGAGAAGGAAAGUGGUAAUACCGUGCUGAUGUCGGUGAUGGGUGUGAGUCUGUCGCACCACACGCUGUCGUGGUUCGUGUGGUCGCUGUGCGAGCUGGUGGUGACGGCCGCCUGCAUCGCCGCGGUGCUGUGCGCGGGCGGCGUGCUGCCGCACACAGCGCCAUCCCUUGUUUUCGUGCUAUUGUUCUUAUUUGCCUUCUCUGUGCUGUCUUUUUGUUACAUGAUGUCGAAGCUGUUCCGAGGCGCAAGCGUGGCGGCGGUGUGCGCAGGCCUGGCCUACCUCACCUCCUUCAUGCCUUUCGUGCUAAUCCUCUCUCUGGAGGCCGUGCUAACCAGUUCGCUAAAACUCAUAGUCUGCCUGUCGAUGUCAUCGUCGCUGUGCUAUGCGUUCCUGUACAUAACGCGGUACGAGGCGAUGGGCUCGGGCGCGCAGGACAUCUGGUCGAUGAUAUUGAAGUUGCGCGAGAACAGGACUAUCCUGCUGACGACGCACCACCUUGACGAGGCGGAGCUGCUCAGCGAUCAGAUAGUCAUCAUGCACAAGGGUCAAAUCCAUACAACAGGAUCACCAAUAGAAAUCAAACGUUCCCUCGGGAGUGGCUACAAGCUGACGGUGAUGUAUCCUGAUACCAGGAGAAAAUUGGAUGAUCAUUGUGAGGUGAAAGAUGAAGAAUGCAUAGAAGAAAAGACCAACCUCCUGCUCGUGACCGUCAGAAAUGUCAUCAGGAAUGCUACCCUGGUCGACGUGAAUAGAUCGGAGGUUGAGAUAAAUUUACCGUUCUUCGACCAAGAUGGCGUUAGCAGCAACUACCUUGAGUUGUGCUUGGCACUGGAGUCGCAACAGGCGGCGCUGGGCUUCCGCGACUUCAACCUCGACUGCAGCAGCCUAGAGCAGGUCUUCUUCACCAUCUGCCACCAGGCCGAUGCUCCACACCAGAACGUUGAAUUAGACACACCAUCUAAAAGUGCAUCGACAACCAGCCUGCGAAAUGACAAAGCCCCACUUGUCCCACGGGAAGGCCCACUGGUGGGUUCGGUGUGGGAUCAGUUCGUGGCGCUGUUGUACGCACGAUACCUGCAUUACACGAGAAAUAGGUCUCUACUGUUCAUGUUGGUGGCACUUCCUUCGCUGUUCGUGUUGGUAUCGAUGGCAUUCUCUAACAUCCGGCCGCCGCCCAACAGCGAAUUCGCUCUGCCUCUGCACCGCCUGUACGACAACACAACCGACUACCUCAUUAAAAAGCCGUUGAUUACUGACGAUAGCGUCAUCAGUCCGCUGUUUUCUCAAGACAUCAUGAACAUACUAAUUGGCGACAAGCGAGCGAGAAACUGGACAGAUGAGGACAAUCCUGUAUGUAAUUGUGUGGUCUUAAAACAAGAAUGUGACCUGAGUGCUGUUAACAGCAGUACUCUUCCAGAAUUGAUGAUGUUACCCGAUGCACAUACUCUCAACAAAUGGCUUGUAGCCUCACACGAUGUUUACAUGGAGAAAAGGUACGGCGGCUACUCCUCUGUGAUCAAGAAUAACAUGUCAAACCUGAUGGUAUGGUACAAUAAUAAAGGAUACCACGCCAUGCCCACGUACGUGAGCGCGCUGCACACGGCGGCGCUGCGCGCGGCCAGCGGGCGCCGCUACGCCAGCAUCACGACGUACUCGCACCCGCUCAAGAUAUCCAACGAGCCCAUCAACAAAGAUACUGUUUACCAGCACAUCGCGGACGCGGGCGUGUCGGCGAUGCUGCUGAUCGCGUUCAGCUUGGCGAGCGCGGGCGGCGCGGUGCGGCUGGUGACGGCGCGCGCCACGCAGCAGCAGCGCCUGCAGCUGCUGGCCGGCGUCACCCCCACCCUCUACUGGGCCUCCGCGCUGCUCUGGGACAUGGCGGUCAGUAUAGUACCAGUGGUAAUUGUGGUCAACAUUAUUAUUACUGCAGUCGUGCUGGAGGCAUUCCACUUCCCCGUAUUCGUCUCUAGAAAUAAUUUGCCCGCUAUUUGUCUCCUCAUCUUUUUGUAUGGUUAUGGUUGCGCGGGCGUGGUGCACGUGACGUCACGUCUGUUCACGCAGCCCAGCCUCGCCAACAUGCUGCUCUUCUGCGCCAACACCUUCGUUGGUGUCGUUGGCAUCGCCCUCCUGCUCAUACUCGACAUCAUCUCCGAAUCUGAUGCGACAGAUAGAGCGCGCUGGGUGCUGCACAAGAUCCUCAUGCUAAGUCCGCAGUUCACACUCGGGGACGGAGUGCUGGAAAUCGCUAAAAACACGAUACGAGCACAGGUGCUGGGCCAAUUCGGUAUGGAUACGUACCGCGACCCGCUGACCAGCGACCUCAUCGCCUACCACUGCCUCGCCCUCGUCCUCGUCGGCACCGCGAUGCAUCUCCUCAACCUCGCCAUCGAAUAUGAUUGCUUCGAAGUUCUACUAGCUAAGUUCCGUUCCGAGCGCGUAGAGCCGCUGGCGGACAGCGAGCUGGAGCCCGAGGUGCUGUCGGAGCGCCGCCGCGUGCUCGCCGCGCGCGCGCCGCUGCGCCUUAGGACCAUUGGCAAUAUCAACGCAGGUUUCAUAGACACAGAGGAGAAGAAGGGUCCGAUGCGCGCAGUGUCGGAGGGCGAGGUGGCGGCGUGCGUGCGCCUCAGCAAGGCCUACCCCGCGCUGGCCGGCCGCCGCCUCGCGCUCAGGGACCUCACACUCGCUAUACCACCAGGACAGUGUACAGCGCUGCUGGGUCAGAACGGCGCCGGCAAGUCGACCACAUUCUCAAUGCUAACUGGCGAGGUGCGGCCCAGCGCUGGACACAUCUGUCUGCGCAACACACGCGCUGGCCCCAGAGACCUCUGCAAUGGAUUUAUAAGUUACUGUCCACAAAGCGACGCCAUCGAUCCUUUGCUGACGGUGCGGGAGACGCUCAAGUUCUAUUGCAGGCUGAGGGGCAUACAGGACCAGGACGAGGUGAUCAGAAGGACAAUAGACACGUUUGACUUGAGCAAGUACCGCGACGUGCGCAGCGGCCAGCUCAGCGGCGGCAACAAGCGCAAGCUCUGCACCGCCAUCGCCUUCAUGGGCAGGACGCCGCUGGUGCUGCUGGACGAACCCACGAGUGGCAUGGACCCUGGCUCUCGGUCGUGUGUGUCCCGCGGCGUGCAGCGCGCGUGCAGCUCGGGGCGCGGCGUGCUGCUGGCCACGCACGCGCUGGACGACGCACGUCGCUUGGCCGCGCGCGUCGCCCUGCUGCAGGCCGGCUCCCUGCGCGCGCUCGCACCUCUAGACCAGUGUUUGAGACGGUUUGGCGGCGGGCAGGCGGUGUGGUGGCGGGUGCGCGGCGGGCGCGCGGCGGUGCAGGCGGCGUGGCGCCGGCUGCGGGCCGCGGCGCCGCACGUGCAGCUGCACGCGCUGCACAACAACGCGCUGCACUUCCUCCUCCCUACACACUUGGAUGGCAAGGAGGUGCAGACGCGUGUGAGCGACGUGUUCCGUCUGACGGCGGAGCUGCACGCCGCCUGCGACCUCGAGGACUUCACAGUCAACCAGAGCUCGCUCGAACAGAUGUUCCUAAAUUUCGCCGGCUCGAGCAGAUCGCGUGGCACAGAGCUGGAGGUAUCUGAGUCUCCCCCCGUGCUCCCCGCCUCACGCUCCCAACCUCCUCUAUGCUCCUCGCUCCCCCCGCGCCCUCUGCCUCCCCCGCACUCCCCGUCACCCCCGCGCUCAACGCCUCUCCCGCGCCCUCCACCCUUAUCUGUGAUAGUGAUGUCACCGCGCUCUGAGACACAUUGUUAG